GGCGGUUUCUCCAGCACAAUGUACAAUGGGAUCGGGCUCCCGACACCGCGCGGUAGCGGCACCAAUGGCUACGUUCAGCGCAAUCUCUCAUCCGUCCGGCACAAGAAGGAUCGGACCGACUAUAAAUCUGAGGAGGAGCUGAAGAAGCUGGAGGGUCUCCUGGUGAAGAAGCCCAACCAGGAGAUCCUGGACCAUGAGAGGAAGAGGAAGGUGGAGCUGAAGUGUCUGGAGCUGGAGGAGAUGAUGGAGGAGCAGGGGUACAGUGAGGCCGAGAUCCAGGAGAAGGUCGCCACCUUCAGGCUGAUGCUCCAGGAGAAAGAUCUGACCACAAAUAAAGAGGAGGACAAGCUGAGGACAAACGUCUCAGAAACUCAUCAGCUCGCAGAGGCCAACGAGAAGAAGAAUGAGCGCCUGCGCGCUGCCUUCGGGAUUAGUGACAGCUACGUGGACGGGAGCAGCUUUGAUCCAAACCGCAGAGCAGCAGCCAAGCAGCAGGAGCAGCAGAAAUCCUACAGUUUUGUCGCAGACUCGGAGCGUUCACGCUCACCAUCGCCAAGCAAACAGAAAAAGAAGAAAAAGGAGCGUGGCCGGUCACUCAGCCGCUCCCCCAGCCAUAAGGAGAAAAAGUCCAAAUCCCAUAAGCACAGAUCAUCAUCAGAUUCUAAGAAGAGGAAAGAGCGGUCGUCCAGCCCAAAGAGCAAGCGCAGAAAUAAAGACAAGACUAAGAGGUCCCCCAGUGGCUCUCCACCACGUAGACGUGCCUCCUCCUCCUCUUCAGAUCAGACCUCGCCCAGCAGGUCCAGACACGAUGUUCUCAAAGACACGCGUGCAAAACCUAUUCAUGGGAGCAACCCAGAAAGGCACAGACCAGUCAGCCCUGCACGAGAGCGGAGGAAAGAUCGAGAGCCGAGUCAACAGCCAGCGAGCCGUCCUAGAAAUGUAAAUAGAAGCAGCAGAGAGCGCUCCUCAUCGUUCUCUCCUAGAAGAGGUAAAGACGUCAGAGUGACUCCAGAGACUUCGAAAAGGGAUAAAAAACCGAGAGAGAGGAGUAACGCUGCUGCCCCAGACAUCUCUCCAAGAUCAAGCCCAGUGCCUCGAAAUAGGAGCAGACAUAACAGUCCAAAGGGUCGCUACCCAAAAGAGAAGGGCGACAGAGAAAGGCCACCUAGGGCUGUUUCACCUGAAAGUAGACCAUCACCAGCUACUCACAAACAUCACAGGAACCGAAGUCUGUCCCUGGAGAAAGAGCCUCCAAAGCAGAAAUCCAGGGAGGACUCUACAAGAAAUGAGAAACGGGAAGAAAAGAAAAAGCUUUCACCAAUACCUAAGAAAAAGUCUUCAAAAAGCAAUGGUUCAUCUUCCUCCUCCUCCUCCUCCUCCCAGUCAUCCUCCUCUUCUUCAUCAUCGUCCUCUUCUUCUUCAUCGUCAUCAUCCUCCUCCUCCUCCUCCGAAAGUGAAAUGUCAGAUAAGGGUACAAAAAAACCUCAAGCAGUUGUCAAAGAAAAUACAUCUUCCAGAACAAAACAUGAUACUGGAAUUACUGUUGGAAAGUCUGCCGCACAGACAAGAUCCUUAACGGGAAUGCGACCAGAUCAGGGUCAAAGGUCUUGUAGUCCUCAGAGAGAGCACAAGUUAGCGUCUCAAAAGCAUUCCCGAUCACCUUCUGAGAGCCCACCAAGGAAGGGUCGGUCAGUCACUCCUAAAGACAAGGCCCGAUCACCAUCUUUUUCUCCCCCAAAAAGUCCCAAAAGCAAAACUUCUAAAAAGUCCCCAAGAAAAGCACCGUCUCCAACCUCUCCUCGUAGAGGUACAUCAAAACCUUCACAAAGAGGGAGAACUUCCUCACAGUCACCUCCACGGCACUACUAUGAUAGAGAAAGAUCUCCCUAUGGUAAUGAGAAACGCCUGAGCACUAAAAGAUCUGACAAGACUGUAUCGGACAACCCCAAGAGAAGCGAAUCUUGGUCCAAGAGUGAUAGAAGAUCACAGCCUCAGUCUACAGGCAGACACAAGCGUUCAGUUACUCGAUCACCUCAGAGUAAUGAGAGGUCACGUUCUCGCUCUACUAGAAGGGUGCGGUCUCACACCAGGUCCCCAGUAACCGGUAAAGGCUCACGUUCCCCUUCUUUAGAACAAAAGCGCAGCUCACGGUCUAAGUCUAGACAAAAGCAAGUAAAGUCUUCUCCUCGUGGUAGAGAGAGGUCGCGUUCAACAUCAAGGUAUCAAAGGAGAACACCUUCUGAAACUCGUAUGGUUUCUAGAUCCCGUAGCCCUAGUUCACUCUCGUAUACAAAAAAUAAAUCAAGUUCACGAACACCAAUAAAAAGGACAAAGUCACGGUCAUUGUCUCCUAAACAAGCAUCUGUCCAGAAGAAGACUACUUCUCCCAAAACAAGACAUAGACCUCAGUCCUCCAAGGGACGAUCUUCUUCACGUUCAUUGUCUCCAGUUCAGAAGAAUCUUCCUUCAAGAAAUCAAUCAAAACGCUCUGUGUCACGAUCCAAGUCCCCUGUAAGAAAGAAGUUAUCAAGAAUACCUAGGUCCCCUUCACCACAAACCAGAAAACCUGAAAAGAAGUUGGACUCUAGUGAAAGAUACAGUUCUUCCCCAAUACCCAGAAGGGGGUCUUCUAGGUAUUCUGAACAAAGAAAGGCUAAAGAAAAUGCUGUGAAAAAUAAGUCUUCCCGUGAGAAGAGUUCAUCAAGAUCACCUCUUUCUCCAAGAUCACACACAAGCCAUUCACCUAAGGAAAGAUCUAGAAUUGCUCACAAGGAAAUUGUGUCUCCUCCUGAAUUCAAAACAAAAUCUAAAGAGCUGAUCCAUGCAAAGUCUACAGUACAAUCUUCGCAAAGUACACAGUCUCCUCAGAUUCAGCAUCCUAUUAGAGGCGACUCUGAAUCCUCUUCAGAACGUGAAUUCAGAUCAAAAUCGCCAGAAAAAGAGUUCACAUCUAGACAAACUGAAGGUAGAAGGAUAUCUGGUUCGAGUGAAAGCCGUUCUAGUGCUUCAAAAAGCAAAGAGUCAUCUGGUUCUGAAUCUGAAUAUAAACAGUUGCAAAAGAGCAGGCGGUCACGUUCUGACCAUAAGAUUAAUCGUGGUUCCCCAGGAAAAACUAGUAUUCAAUCAUCUUCUGACCAAAAGACAAAAUCACAGCGGUACCCAAGAUCUGAUUCAUCUGAGCGAGAAGAUAAAACCAAAUCAUCUAGAAGCAGGUCCAAGAGUUCGGACACUAAAAUAUUUACUAAAAAUAAGCCGCUUCUUGAAAUGUCUUCAGUUAUUGCUUCUAAACCUGAACUUGAGCAGUCACCGGAAAAAGAGAAAAUGUACGGGUCCCUACAGUCCAAAGCUAGUUCUCCAGAGUCUUCUCCAGAAAGCCAACCUAGAAGUAGACAGACACAUUCUCCAUCUAGUUCAGGUUCAUCUUCAGAAAGGCAGCCAAGAAAUGAAGUACAGUCAACGAGGUCAGAAUCCUCUUCAGAACAGCCACCUAAAAGUCGACGUGCACCAAGAAAGAGCCCAGAGUUGUCUUCAGAAUGUCAGACUAAAGGCGAACUGCCACCUCAAGCAACUCCAAAGUUACCUUCUGAAUAUCAACCUAGAAGCAAUUCACCACUAAGUGCAUGCUCUGACUCCUCACCCGAACGGCAACCUAGAGGUAAACGGUCAAAAUCCUGCAUUAGUUCACAGUCACCAUCUGAAGAAUCCAGGUUUAAAUCAAGCCAUCAUAGAGCAAGUUCAGAGUCCUCACCUGAAAGAACUGGACCUUCAAGUAAAGCCAACUCAGCACAACAUUGUGAGCGUGGAACAAGCUCCUGUACUUCGUCAAAAUCUAAUCUUGCAUCUGACCAUAGCAACAAAAUGGGAGCUACAUCACCAGAACAUGAAGCAGAGUCCAGGUCAUCACAACAUGGUAAUUCUAGAUCAGAGUCAGAGGUCCAACCGUCUCAAAGAAAAUAUGAUAAAUCUGAAAGUGAAUACACAAACCAAUCCCGCAGAAAUAAGUCAAUUUCUCAGUCAUCCCCUGAUGAUGGAACUGGACAUGGACAUUCUCAAAAGAGUUCUUACUCUAGAUCACCUGAAAGUGCAUCAAUGACACCACAGCACAAACCAACUUCUGGCUCAUCAGAUACUGAUUCCAGACCUGGAAUUUCUAAGCAUAAACCUAGAACCUCUGAAAGUGAGGCAAAGUCGUCUUGGUGUUCUUCAGAAGCUGAAGGAAAAUCAAAGUCUAUAUUUUGUAAAACUGGUUUGUAUUCCCAGGAAGAUGCGAAGACUACAGUCAAGGAGCAUGCUCACAUGUUGUAUUCUCCUUUAGAAAAACCACAGAACACUGAAUCCUCUGAACCUUUGUCUGCACCACAAGAGCAGCACGAUGUGUCCUACAAAGAGUGUGUAAAUCCAGCAGAGAGUUACACUGCAAUGUCACUGUGUGCAGAAAUUAAUGGGACAGAAUCCCAAGUAACUCUAACAGCAAAGGACAAGCUGGAAGACCAGUCUUAUUGUGGCUCCAAAUCCUCCCCGAUGAGUACUGAAACCAGUAUAAAGGAAGAUAUUGCUCUGGAACACGUGGUCUCUGAUGAAGAAGCUUCCCCACGAAGAGAUGCUAAAUCUUCUCCAGCUCAAGCAACACAAAAGAGACCCAAGCGAAGAAAAUCAAGUUCCUCAACUUCCUCCUCCUCCUCUUCAUCAUCUUCAUCAUCAUCCUCCUCCUCCUCCUCAUCAUCCUCUACAUCAUCCUCAUCAUCCUCUACAUCAUCAUCCUCCUCUUCAUCUUCUGAAGAUGAGGAUUUGGUUCAUUCAGCUGCGCAAAAUGGGAUAUCCUAUCUUGAUCUGGUUGUUGCCAGCCCCCCCACUUCACGUGAGCCCUUAGACUCCUUGCAGUGUGACGCACUUUUGUCUGUGACAGAUGACCUUUCUUCCAGACGUGAACCCAAGUCCCCCUCGGCACAGGUGUAUACCCCUGCUGGCAGAUCUACUUCUCCAAUGUCUGUUGAUGAGACCAGUCCAUCUAAUCUGAAUAAAGUGAGUGAGUCUCCUGAGACUCAGACAGGCUGCUCCACGAUCCGAGAAGCUUCUCCCUCUCCCCAAACAAACGUAAGCCUAGAUACAUCUCUUGCUUCUAACAUAUGUGGUGAGUUCCAAAAUAAUUCUAGUGUUUUCCAAGUGAGUGAAGAAUACAAACCAGAAGAAAGUCAUUCUGAAUCUCCAGGUAAAGAGAAUGUCUCCGACUCACAGUUGGCCCCACCUAAGACUGCUUUGUCUGAUACUCCAUCUAAUGCAGAGCAAGAAGAGCAUGAACCCAUGAAGCAGGAACAUCCUGAUGGCCCUAAAAGAAAGUCUUUGUCACCAUGUGCUAGUAAAAGCCCCAAGUCCCUGGCUUCUUCAAAACAUAGCCACUCGGAUUCCUCUUCAGAGGACAGCAGUUCUGACUCAUCAAGUGAAAGCAGCUCUUCAGAAGAGCACCCAUCUUCUGACCGUGUGUCACGCUCUCAAAGGGUGCACGUGCCAGAUCCACCACCAAUAAGGCGCAUUCCAUCACCAGACAGAAGGAAGUCUCCUGACUUCCUGAGGCAUAAAUCUUCAAGGCCUGAGUCCUUUAAAGGGAAAGAAGGACUUAAUCGUUCACGUUCCUCAUCUAGGUCUUCAGUUGCACAGCGAGAAUUCUCGCGCACUGUGGGGAGGGAAUCACAAAAAAUAAGAUCUCUAUCACGUUCACCUGUUCGUAAAGGUAGGUCUAAGUCUAAUACGCCACCAAGACACAGAGGAAGAACACCGCCUAGAGCAUUUAGGUCUCGUUCAAGGUCAAGAUCAGACAGGUACUCUCGUAGAAAUCGUUCACGAUCAUCUACAAGACGUUCACCCUCCUGGCAAAACUGUAGAAGAUGGGGGCGUCGCAGAUCUCCAUCGUCCCCCAGAAGAGGCCGCUCAGGUUCUCGCUCCCGUACUGACCGUUCGUGGCGUUCUCAUCGUGGAUCUUCACCUUGGAAGGGAAGGUCACGAUCUCCAUCAAGAUAUGAUUCUUAUCGCUACUCUUAUGGAGGUAGUAAUUCACGAUCUUCCCCAAGAAGAAGAUCGAGAUCGCCUUACAGGCGUGAUAGGCCUCCUAGUUAUUAUCGUCGGGACAGAUCCACCUCCUCAUCUAGAAAUAAGAGACUCAGGUCACCACAGAGAAAGUCACGCUCAUUUGAGAGAAGAGUGCGGUCGAGAUCUUCUGAUAGAUAUAAAAGUGCGCAGAGCAGCAGAGUUGGAGUUGCUAAAAGGCGCAGCCGUUCAUUAUCUGCAGACGAACAGUCACGAGCUCCUAGGAGGCAGAGACGGUCCUCAUCUCCAGCAGACAGUAAAUCUGUGCGACACCGCAAAAGCUCUCUUUCACCAGUAAGGACUGCAAAUAAAAAGUUGGCCAGCCCUAAACCUUCUGCUACCCCUCAUAUGCCUCCCCAGGAGAGUCCCCACAUGUCACCAUUUCCGUCACAACAGGAGAAUCAUGAGAAGUCCUCUGUAGACCAGAAAGAGUCUGAGGGCAGAAGAGAAGCUUCAGCGACAAAGAGCAAUUCCUCUUCACACACAGCACCGGCUGAGACUGAACAGACUGAAUGUCCUGAAGCACACCCCACUGCCCCGGACAUCCCUCCAUCCUCUGGGAAAGGAGAGGCUAAUCCUGAUAUGGACUCAAAGAUGCAGCCUUGCAGCAGCCAAAGAGCAGCAUCAAAACGUGCUACAGAAAACCUACAUGGAGAAAACCCCUCAUCUCCAAGCCGAGUAAAUGAGCCUUCAGAACAAGGACAGACCUUCCCCUCGGAUAAGAGUAAAUGGCCAAGGAGUUUGUCUUCACGGUCGGAUUCCAGCCUCCAAAAAUCCUCACCAGCUGCCGAAGCGGCCUCAAAUACAGAAAGGAUCUCCAGUCCAUCACCAGCUGAGCCUCAGGAGACAGAGGAACCACGAAGAUCCCGCAGCUCAAGUACAUCAUCUUCAUCCUCCUCAAGUUCUUCAUCCAGCUCUUCUUCCUCGUCCUCUUCAUCGUCCUCUUCAUCUCACAAGGCCAGCAGUAAGAAGGGGGCCCCUCCGAUCAGAAGAUCGCGGAGUCCCCGUAAACCCAUCGACUCGCUGAGAGAUUCCCGUUCCCUGAGCUAUUCUCCUGCUGAGCGACGACGCGUUCCGUCUCCCCCGCCCCGCAGGAGGGAGCGUGAUACCAGACGAAGCCACGGCUCCCCAGAAAGGAAGCGCAGGAGAGAGUCCCCGGAGUCCCGGUACUCGCGCCGGAGAUCCUCCAGGUCACCCUGAAUGUCUUAUCCUUCAUCUCGCAACAAAGGAAAAUGUUUUUAGGAUUUUUUUUUUCUUCUCUCCUGCGGUCGCUGCAGGUCGACCCCCUUUUUUGGGGGUUUGAGGAAACCUUAAGACCGCUGUGGAUGCCCGUGCGACCGGCGGCAGGAUGUGGCUGGAGUCCUGUGUGAUGGCGAUGUGCCAGCUCAUCGCCCAGCGUGGCUCCCACCCCUCCCGCUUGGUGAUGGUGCCCAUUCUUCUGCCCUCCUUCGUUAAGCAUAGACGAUUUUGUAAAAUGUGAAUUGAAUCCGUGAAUCUUCUGUUGUGUUUAUUUUGUCUUAUUUUUAUUUUUUUUUCCCCCCUUUUUUGAAAUCUGUACAGCAAGAAUUCUUUCUGUCAAUAAAAGUUUAGGCAAAGCCCA